AUGGCCGUCAUCUCAGAAUUGAAGAGACAUCAUCCCAAGACAGGACUGCUCAGAUAUCUCCCUACCGGCGUUGUUCCAUACGGAGAGCUGGUGCGCAUCCACCGCGCCCUAGGUUAUUACCUCAACACAUCUCCCUACGUAGUUGGAAUCGCAUACACUGCCGCAACUGCCGAAACAAAACUGCCCCUCGACCUACUCUUGGAUCGCCUCCUCCUGCUCACGCUCUGGUCUCUUAUCCUUCGCAGCGCUGGCUGCGCCUGGAAUGAUCUCGUCGAUGUCGACAUUGACCGACAGAUUUCGCGCACACAAAGCCGCCCCCUCCCCCGUGGCGCCAUUUCGCUCUCCGCAGCAACCAUCUUCACAGCAUGUCUCUUCGUCCUAGGUUGUUCGCUUUUACUCUUUCUUCCGCGAGAAUGCCUAUUCGACGCCGGCAUUAAAGUCUUCUUCGCGCUGCUUUACCCUUUCGGGAAGCGCUUCACCGAUCACCCUCAGCUCAUCCUCAUUAACAUCGCCUGGGCAAUUCCCAUGGCCAUGCACAGCCUAGGUAUGGAGCCUUCGAGCCAGAUCCUCUCAAUGCUCUGCAUGUGCGUUUUCUUCUCGGCCGUGAUUGUCAUGAUCGACCUGGUUUAUUCGCGUCAGGACACAGAGGAGGAUCUCAAAGUCGGCGUGAAGAGCAUGGCCGUGCGAUACCGAAAUUGUGUAGAAACGAUGGCCUAUUCGCUUUUUGCCAUCAGUUCCCUGGCACUACUGUUUGGAGGCGUGCUUGGUGGGCUUCGAGUACCGUUUGUGCUUUUUUCUGUGGGUGGGCACAUUGUGGGCUUUUGGAGGUUCCUGCGAGCAUCGCUGCAGGCUGGACCGGCAGGGGUGGAGUCGCGUGCCAAAUCAUCCUGCUUGAUAGCGAGUGUGUUUUGGGUGCUGGGGUUAGGUAUCGAGUAUGCUGAAAUGGUCAAAGAAAAGGAUAACCCCACUGAUAAGAAGAAGCAUCCUCAUUGA